GCGGGAGCCGCCGGGCCGGCGGGGAGAGGCCGCAGGGCAUGCCAGCCGCCUGCCCCGAUGUUUCCCUGGAGCAAGUGGAAGAAGAGGAUGGGAGCGAGCGCCUCCUCCUCCAAGAGACCCGUCUUCGACGAGCGAGAGGACGUGAACUUUGACCACUUCCAGAUUCUCCGGGCCAUUGGGAAGGGAAGCUUUGGCAAGGUGUGCAUCGUGCAGAAGAGGGACACAGAGAAGAUGUACGCCAUGAAGUACAUGAACAAGCAGCAGUGCAUUGAGAGAGAUGAGGUGCGCAACGUGUUCCGAGAGCUGGAGAUCCUGCAGGAGAUCGAGCACGUGUUCCUGGUCAAUCUCUGGUAUUCCUUCCAGGACGAGGAGGACAUGUUCAUGGUGGUGGACCUGCUCCUGGGAGGUGACCUGCGCUACCACCUGCAGCAGAACGUGCAGUUCACUGAGGAGACAGUCAAACUGUACAUCUGUGAGAUGGCGCUGGCCCUCGACUACCUGCGGAGCCAGCACAUCAUCCACAGAGAUGUAAAACCAGACAACAUCCUCCUCGAUGAACAAGGUCAUGCCCAUUUAACAGAUUUUAAUAUUGCAACCAUCAUUAGGGACGGGGAAAGAGCGACAGCAUUGGCUGGGACAAAGCCGUACAUGGCCCCGGAGAUUUUCCACUCCUUCCUGAGCGGCGGGACGGGCUAUUCCUUCGAGGUGGACUGGUGGUCCCUGGGCAUCAUGGCCUACGAGCUGCUGCGGGGCUGGAGGCCGUACGACAUCCACUCCAACAACCCCGUGGAGUCCCUGGUGCAGCUCUUCAGCACCGUCAGCGUGCAGUACUCCUCAGCCUGGUCCAAGGAAAUGGUCGCGCUGCUGCGCAAGCUGCUGACGGUGAAUCCUGAGCAUCGCUUCUCCUGCCUGGCGCACAUCCAGGCCUCGGCCCAGCUCUCGGGCGUGGUGUGGAGCGACGUGAGCGAGAAGCGCGUGGAGCCGGCCUUCGUCCCCAACAAGGGCCGCCUGCACUGCGACCCCACCUUCGAGCUGGAGGAGAUGAUCCUGGAGUCACGGCCCCUGCACAAGAAGAAGAAGAGGCUCGCCAAGAACAAGUCAAGGGACAACAGCAAAGACAGCUCGCAGUCUGAAAAUGACUAUCUCCAGGAAUGCCUUGAAGCUAUCCAGCAGGACUUUGUCAUCUUCAACAGAGAGAAGCUAAAGAGGAGCCAGGAGCAGCCCAGCGAGUCCGUGUCUGCCUCUGAGACCACCGAGGAGGCCGAGGCCGAGCCCCUGCACAUGUGCAGCUCCGUGUGCUCCUCGGGCAGCAGCUAGGCCGGGGCCGGCCGCCGCCCUCACCUGCCCUCAGGUGCGCCGAGCACCCGAGCCCGCUGGACAGCACUGGCAGCUGCCCUGAGACCGGAGCACGCCAGAUUCACACAGGA